AUGGAGAAGUGGCCACGAGCUUCACUAGCCAUCUUUUGGCUUCAACUGAGCUGGGUGAGCAGUGAAGACAAGGUGAUCCAGAGCCCUCCAUCUCUGAUUGCCCAUGAGGGAGACAACUCAACUCUCAGCUGCAGCUACAAAGUGACCAACUUUCAGAGCCUAUUUUGGUUUAAGCAAGAAGAGAAAACCCCUACCUUUUUGCUUAGACUAAUUUCAGGUGGGACUGAGAAGUCAGGAAGGUUAAAAGGCACAUUAGAUAAGAAAGAACUUCUCAGCACCCUGCACAUCACAACCACCCAGCUUGGAGACUCAGCUACCUACUUGUGUGCAGUGGAGGCACAGUGUCUUCUUGUCAGCUGCAGCCCGUACCCAAAUGCUCCAGCUGAGGCUCCUGCAACUGAUGCAGUAGCACCCAGAGAGUCAAUCAUUCAGUCUCAACCCGAGAUAUUCACACAAGAAGGGGAGUUUGUGGCUCUGAACUGCAAAUACUUUGCAACUUCUGAUUUCCACCUGUUGGAGGAAGCCAUCGAGCAAGAUGACCACUGGUUGACCUUCAAGCUGGACCCCAGUGAUCAGACAGUCCUUGCCCCCUUCCUUAUCUUUGAAAUGUACAUCCUACGCACCACUCCCACACUAGCAGCCACUUCAAGGUUGCAGCCUUAA